GAAGAAAAAGAAGAAGAAAAUCGAGUGUUCGUGCUGUGUUGCCGCCAUAUUGGUGAAGCAAGUGUUUAUCCAUAAAGUUUUAUUGGAUAUUUAUAUAAAUCUUGAGGAUUUUUCGUGAAAUUUGUGUUGCCUUGGUAUUUAGUGACUCCUUUUAAUACCGAGUGAUCAUCGGAAAACCAUAUCCACCGGAUUUCAAGCACCCAGCAAGUUGUGCGAAGUCUUCUGCCAGCGAGAAAUUGUUGCUAAUACUUUAGGCCUUGUCGGUUUCAAACCCUGCGUUGUUCAUGUAAAGCUGGACUUAACUAGAAUCCGCUAUAUGUGUGACUCGUCCAUCUCUUCGGAAACUUUUUAAAUAUCAUCCCUUGUCGUCCUACCAAGUUUGAAUCAACGUUAAUGUAUGCAUUGUUGAGAGGGUCUGGGCUAGCCUAAUGUACCCUAAAGGGUUGUACAGGUCAUGCUACCGACUAUUUUGUUCCACUGGAGUGCUAAAUGUGAGUCCCAAAGAACUUACUGACCUCUCACAUCCCCGAAAGCUGUCCUAAGACCAUCAAAAUGUCUGGCAACACAAGAUUGAGCAUGUCAACCCUGCAGAGAUGGUUGUUUCUGCUGGUUGUUAUUGUUAUCUGUUUUGUACAUCACACUAGCACUCAUGCUAUUUUGGUGACAAACCGUUGUGAGUUUCAUAAUGAAACUAUGUGCCUCGAAUCAGAAAGUGGCUGCAAUGGAACUCAGGAAUGCAGCAAUGAUGAAACUAAACGCCACCAUUGUUUUGUGCUUUGGCAAAAUAAUUCUAAAGGACAACCUUAUGUCAAACUCAAGGGAUGUUUUCUCAACAACAUGGAAUGCUAUAACCAGCCCAGAUGCGUGGAGAAGAGGGAAGGCCCUGAGAAAGAUAUGUUCUUUUGCUGUUGUGAAGGGGACAUGUGUAACAAAGAGUUCACCUGGGAGCCCACUCCCGCACCCCCGCCAACCCAACAAACACCUGUUCCUGCAGCUAAUCAAGAAUUUAAGUAUAUUUUAAGUAUACUCUUGGUAUUGCUGGUUGUAGCUGUCAUUACAGCUAUCACUUACUAUGUUUGGAGACGACACAAAAUGGCUUACUUCAAUGAGGUACCGACCAUGGAGCCAAGGCCCCAAGCUCAAGAUGCUCCCUCCCAAGGUCUACUCCCUAUCCAACUUCUUGAAGUGAAAGCUCGGGGUCGCUUUGGAGCAGUCUGGAAAGCACAAUAUCGGACUGAAACUGUUGCUGUCAAAGUCUUCCACAUUCAGGAAAGGCAAUCUUGGGUCAGCGAACAGUUAAUAUAUCAGUUGCCUGAUAUUGAUCACCCAAAUAUUCUACACUAUAUUGGUGUUGAACAACAUGGAGAUAAUUUGCAGGCAGAAUUCUGGCUUAUUACUGCAUUUCAUGAAAAGGGCUCCCUAUGUGAUUGGUUGAAAGCCAAUAUUGUUAGCUGGCCAGAGCUCUGCCGUAUUGCUGAAACUAUGGCAAGAGGGCUUAUGCAUUUACACGAAGAAAUGCCUCCAAGAAAAGGAAACUGUUACAAACCAGCUAUUGCUCACAGAGACUUUAAAUCUAAAAAUGUCUUACUGAAGUCAGAUCUCACUGCAUGCAUUGCAGACUUUGGUUUAGCUCUGUUAUUUGAACCUGGAAAAUCAUGUGGUGAUACUCAUGGCCAGGUUGGUACAAGGCGCUACAUGGCACCUGAAGUGCUUGAGGGGGCCAUCAACUUCUCUCGUGAUGCCUUCUUGCGCAUUGACAUGUAUGCAUGUGGACUUAUACUGUGGGAGUUGGCAUCCAGGUGCACUGCUCAAGAGGGCCCCAUUGGUGAGUCUCGCCUACCAUUUGAAGAGGAGGUGGGAAAACGCCCUACUCUUGAAGACAUGCAGGAAUGCGUUGUGCACAAGAAGCAGAGACCAGUUUGCCCAGAUACUUGGAAGAAGCAUCCGGGCCUUGCUGCUCUCUGUGAUACAAUGGAGGAGUGUUGGGAUCAUGAUGCAGAGGCAAGACUUUCAGCUUCAUGUGUAAUGGAGAGAGUACUCAAUCAACAGCGGCUAAUGACUCAGCCGUUACCACAGUUCAUACCACCAUUGCUCAACAUUGGCUCUUCAGACAUCCCACCAGGCUGUCCGAAGGAUGCUAGCUUGUAAAUAAUAUUUGUUCAGCUGUUGUGAGUUGCUCACAUUACCAUUUCUACCUCAAAUUAACACAGCCAUGUUGGAUGGCUCUAAAAUGCAGGAUUCAUCAAAGACUGAACUUUUAAUAUGUGUUCUUUGAGUGCAUUCAUCUGCUGUGUGUUACUGUGCCAAUGUAAUAUAGAAUUGUGGACAGGAGUGUUUUGUUUUCUAUAAACUAGUUCAAGAAUUUUAGGGUGGGAUAGUUGAAUAAAUGAAUUACUGAGUGCUUCAAGAGAGAAGAAAAUUAGGUAGAGAUCAGUUAAUAGUUCAAAGAAUUAUGUGGUCAUCAUUAUGAAGACUUUCAUACCGAAGAUGAAUGCUGUAGACUGCACUAGUGUGAUGUGAGACAUAGUGAGAAUGGAAGAUUGAAAAUGGGCAGUGCCCAUUUUAAAGUCUCUUUUGUAUUCAGUAUUUUGUUACAUAGAUUAAAGCGCAUCAAUGGACAGCACAUAUAAGCCACCCUUAUUGCCAAAAGACAAAAAUAGUAAAACAAUGAAAAAAAAAAAAACAGAAAAAAAACGAACAGUUGUGUAAAUGGUUUAAAGUUUUUGAAACAGGGACAGUAUUUUUGUUGUGUGGGUUUUCUUUUCUUUGUUCGUGGUCAACAUUAAUAUUCAUUUCAAAUUUAAAAAGUUAAAGUUACCUACAUGUUGGAGUUCCCCUUUGAGACAUUGUAUGUGUUGAUGGCAUUGAUCUCCAAAUUACUGUCCAUUUCAAAAUCAAAAGCACUUUGUGUUUGUGAACUGCAAUUUCUAAACCUGCCGAAUGUGUGUGUAUGUGUGUGUUUGUUUGGGUUUCUUUAAAUCCCAUUUAACUCAAAAAUUUUAACUAUUAUCUAUUUGUUAUUUAUUCUACCACUAUUGUAGGGCAUGCUUUGACUGUGGUAGAUAUUCUAAUAAAAUAUGGUUGUGUGUGAUCUUUGUUGGCAUAGAUGUUAGUCCGUCCAGAAUGAAUGCAUGGGUUAAGCAGCAGGAGUUGAUAUUUCGAGGGAACUUCAAUGAAGGUAAUCUUCAGCUUUUAAAGGAAAAUUUGAACUGGUGAAGGCAGCAAUACUGAAUAGUGCACUCAUCUUUUCAAUAAAGAAAGACUCUGUGAUAUAACAGGAUACUAUUUACACUGUGUUGACGCAUUAGGCUGCCUUAAGACACAGGGUGGUUUAUUAAAAAAUUACUUGACAAUUUCAGAUUGUGAAAGUGUUCUCUAGAGACCCUGAUUUCAUUUUUGCAAAUUCUGUCAGUGUUAUACCAGUUGAAAACUGUGAAAUGUGUAAGGUUUGUUUGCUUCUUAUUCUCUUUCACUUUUUAUGGUACUGUAUCUGUAUGUUGUUGUGGCUGCUUGCCUACACCUUUGUACUUUUGUAUUUUUCUCUUGUUAUCAUAAGCAGUGUGAAUAACUUUGUUUUCUGGAUUCCGUUUUUGUUUUGCUGUUGGCUUGAGCGUAAAGUGAUCACUGCAAAUUUAUAUAAACUCUCUAUAUGAAAAUGUUAGCUGUAUUGUUUUUGUGUUAUGACUUAAGUUGCAUGUUAGUUAAAUAUUCUCCAGUGCUCAUUCCUGUACCCUGAAUGUUGGGAUUUUGGAAAGGGAAAGACCAAGUUCCUAUUUACAAAUUUUUACAUUUUUCUUUUCAAAGAAAUAGAUUUUAAUUGAUGACGUUUUCUUUCUGUAGAGUACUAUAAUAUUUUUAUUUUGGUGUUAUAAUUGUUGGUUGGACUUUUUAUACUGUGUUUCGUGGCAGCUUUCUCUCAUAGCUACCAGAUUUUGCAAUCCAUAUGGGCUUUUUAUUUAUUCAUGCUGGUGUGGUAUUUAUUUUGAAGCCAUUGCCAUGCGCACACAUUCACCUCUUUAGGUUGAAUACUGCUUGAACUCCAAACUGGUUGUCUUACAGAACUCUUAACACAUUUCUCUUGGAAUAAAGUGAAAUUUGUCAUUUUCACUUUGGAGCUUACAGAUGUUCUGUUCAUCAAUUUUUCAUGUACGUCUGCAGUUACCAAAUUCAUAUUUGUUAUUGUGAACAUGGUUUCGUAUUCAAAAGGUACUGUGGGAUAGCAUUGAGUGGUGCAGGUUCACAGGAUUUCCAUCUGCUAUUAUUCGGGUUCUUGGUGGAAUUUCAUUUCAAGUGCAUUAUUUAAAAAAAGUCACUGGGUCAACAAGCACUUGAGAACUCACUUCAAAGUACAGUCUUAUUUCCACCUCUAUUAUUAUCUAUCUUAUAGAUAUUCAUAAUAUCUAUAUACACUGAUAAUUGGUACGUGUAUUGGGAUCCAUCGUUGCAAACUGUUUUGGCACAUUGUACUUAAAUUUUCUUUUCUUUUUUUUUGUCACCGUAGAACCCUGAACAUUGAUAAUAAUUUGUUGGACUCCUCUUAAUGUAAAUUUUAAUGGGAACCUCUUCAAUUAUGAGUUGGUAAUCAUCAUUAACCUGUAUGAUCACUUUUUGCUUCCCAAUCUGGUUACCUAAGGUCAACUGGCACAAAUGAUUUUCAUAAGAACCACCCUACAUAUCUGAGGACAGAAUUUAAGAACUGAACAGAUUCUGCCUUUGUUUUCAUUUUCAUACUUUUUUAAAAAUCGCAUUGGUAGCUAUUUAAUAAGUACAUAGUGAAUGUUACUGAAGUAUUUGAGAGUUUGUGGUGUUAGGUAUUCCCUUUCCUUGUUGUGAAUUUUGCAUGGACUUCAGUUAAUGUGAUUUUACAAUAGGCCUGUUGCUUAAGUCAUCUCUAUCAGAUUUUAUGUUUUGACUCCCUUAGUAUAUUUUUUUGCCAAAAGUUUAUGCUACUGUGGGUAUUUAAAAGUAAGUUGAUUGUAUGUAAUUUUCAUAUUACAUAUAUAAUGAAAUGAUGAAUUGAGGAUUGGUAGAAUUCUUUCUAGAUGGUUUUUUAAAAUGUGCAUAUAUGUGAAAAAUUUAUGACUUUUGUUCCUGUUUUUAGGUAUAAUGAUGCCAAAAGAACAAGUAAACUGUCUUAAUUAUUUUAGAUUAUCCAAAUGUCUUAAUAAAUGUGGAACUGAAGUACAUUUUCCACUUGUCUAUUUAGUUCAUUAAUAAUGUGGAUUCCUUGACUUUAACUGAAGCAUCACCUAGAUUAUCACUGUUUGUCACACGAGGAAUAUCUUUGCACAUAACUGUUGAUCGAAUUUCGUAAGAGGGCUACCCAAAUCUUAUAAUUUAAUGAAGUAACUUCCUUUCUCAAAGUAACAGCAAACCAACUCCCCUUCCCCCCUGGAAGUCAUAUCGUGUGAAUGACUGAACUUUUCUCUAAUGUUUUGCAGGGUGUGUAUGAUUAUGUAUAGACAUUUUUACAACCUUGUAGGAAGACAAAACAAAUUUAAUUACUUAGUAACAGCAAUUUUUUUUUUUUUUUUUUUUUUUUUGUUUUUUAAACAAAAGUCAAGUCAUCAUAGAAUGAAUCUUUUGUGUGUCUUGCUCUGCACUAUUCAACUGCGUCAUAGUGCAAGUAUAUUUAUAUACAUAGUUACAUACCAUUGUAUUAUCAAAUGGCGUGUUUCUAUGUUCUUGUGAUUCAUUGUGAUGAUAGUAGCAGUUCAAUCUGAAUGUAAAUUGCCAAAAUCUUUGCUUAUGCCUUGUUCUGUUCAGGCUGAAACAAGAACAUCUAAACUGCAUUUAUGUUUCUCGUUCAUAGAAAUUCUAUUCUACUCACCAUUGUCUAUUUCAUAGAGGGGUUUGUUUCAUGUGUUGGCACACUUUUUUUCUCUGGUCUUUACCCCUACUUACACUACACCAUAACACAGCAAAGCGCUGAGUCCAUCUUGAUGAUAGACUGAUAUUGCAACAAAUAUAUUACUUUUAUUGGUUAUGACUUUAUUAUUGACUGAUUGUUUUGUGUAUGUUAUAAUUUCUGUUAUCUCAUUCUCUGUUGUAGUCUUUUGUUGGUAGUCCAGCAAAAAUUAACAAUAAUUGAAUGUUCAUUAUACUUGUUUUCUGCCCAUCUUCAGCUUCUAAAAUACAAUUUUUGGAAACUUUUAAAGCAUUAAGUACCGAAAAAGUUGCGACAUUCUUCAUUACGUUUUGAUUCCAGAAAAUGCCAUUCUGUUGAAGCUUGAGAAUUAAAGAGAAAUGUUGGAAUUUAAAAGAAAAAUGGGACAAGAAGUUCCAUAUUUUUACUAUCAAGGAGACUGUCUAUUAACUUGAGUUUUGUAAAUAUACAUAGUUGUGACAGAGUUUGAUAUCUAUCAAAAAUUAAUGAACACUUGUACUGUAAGCAAAUUCCCCAACAUGAUAGUACUUCCAUGUAGCCUUUCAAUGUUGUUUUUUUUUUCUUUUCUUUUUUUUUUUUUUUUUUUUCUUCUUCUUGCAACCUUGUCAGGACAGGACAGACCAUGUAAUUGUUGUACUUUUAGAAAAGAAGUGUUUACCGUUGUUGUGGUCAUCAUGUAUUGCACCUGUCUGUAUUCUUAUGAUAUGUUGGCUGAUCUUUGUUAGAGUUGUUUUUCUCCACCAUUCAAAGGAUAAUCACAGUAUAUUUCAGGUUGUUGUUUAAAUGGUUGUACUCAUAACUGUAUGCAUGGGAGAAUAAAUUAAUGUAUGUGUCAAA